AUGGCGUUCGAGCUUUCAAACUUCUUUGGUGAUCCGUUUGCUAUAUCAACGGUUACCUUCGGCGUGAUCUCAUGGAUUGUGGCCAUAGCUGGAGCAGCAGCUGGCCCCCAGUCCAAUUUUCCAAGGUUUACAUGGUGGGGACUUGUCUAUGAGGCAUUGAUAAUUAUAGCAAUCUUCUUGCUAUACUUGAAUAACACCAUAGAGCUUUACAAGUUCACCUUGGUCGGGUUGCUCUCAUGCGCCUUUUUGUACACAUCAAAUUCUGUGAGCCAGCUUGUGUACCUGUCCGACUCAGCAUACUUGUGUUGUGCCGCUGGCUGUAUAAUGUUAUCCAUUCUUAACUUUAUUUGGAUCUUGUACUUUGGUGGUCACCCGGAAUCCCCAACUAACCAGUUUAUUGACUCCUUCUCCUUGAAAUCGCAUCUGCACAAUCAUGGUCACUUGCCUUCCUCGGAGAAUAACCCACGUAGUCUGAACCAUCGUGUGUCUUCACGUCACGCCGGUACUACUCUUGAUGGUGGAGAUGACGAAUACAAGUACAUCUCGCCAGUUAACUUACCAAGCGGUGCUAACACCACUGCUGCUGGCCAGCAUCUUGACAACCAGGCUCAAUUGAGACAAUCUCAAUUAACGACCACCCAAAAAUCUUCCACCACUCCGUACGUAUCAUCAAGCCAAUUGAACGGAUUGGAAAACUUCUCAACUUCUGACGUACACAAGACCAGAGGUGGUGAAGUCGCUGCCAACGCAAACUCUCAUAGCACCGGUAACGGAAACAGGCAUACGAUUUACAACGACGCCCAAUCCCAAACAGACAUACCAGGGAUCACAUUCCGCUAUAAGGCCAAGGCAUUGUAUAGCUAUGAGGCUAAUCCAGACGAUAUUAAUGAAAUUUCUUUUGUUAAAGAUGAGAUAUUGGAGGUCGAUGAUAUAGACGGAAAGUGGUGGCAAGCCAGGAGAACAAAUGGACAAGUUGGUAUUUGUCCCUCGAAUUACGUCAAGCUUUUAGAUUAA